UUUCAAACUGUGUGUCUGGAAAAUUGCUGCAGGAGCCCAGGGCAGGCUGCACCCUGGAGCAUUUCUGCCAGAGAGCUAAGUGGGCACAAGGCCCCAAGUGGGUGGCACCGACCCAUGGAUCCAGCGUUGGAGGGGCACUGGAUGUGGGAUUGCCGGGUGCUGCUCAGGACAAUGGGCCCCCCACUCCCUCCUGGAAGAUGCACAUGGACCAGCUGCUUGUUGCUCUUGUAGGAGUGGAAGGGGGAACUCCUGAGCCUGCAGGAUCUGGGCCUUCAAGCAAGGAAGCGAGGACACAGGCUCCCACGAUGCGACGGUGGAUCCUGUUUCUCGCUGUGCUGCUAGCUCCGGCACCAGCCCUGGCCCAAAAGAGAAACCAAGGGACGUGCAUCAAUGUUUAUGCAGCCGACAUUGUGUUCCUGGUGGAUGGAUCCUCCAGCAUUGGGAGGGCCAACUUCCGGAUGAUCCGAUCCUUCAUGGAGGACCUGGUCAGGCCCUUUGUCCAUGUGGUCGGUGAGAGAGGUGUGCGGUUCGGAGCAGUGCAGUACAGCGAUGACCCCAGGCUCGAGUUCACCCUCUCCCAGCAUCCAAACGGGACCGAGGUGAGGAGAGCCAUCCAGCAGCUCAGCUACAAGACCGGGAACACACGCACCGGUGCCGGCCUGCGCUACAUCGCUGACAACUUCUUUGGGCCCACUCAGAUCCGGCCCGGGGUCCCACAGGUCUGCAUCCUCAUCACAGACGGCAAGUCUCAAGAUGACACUGAGCAGCCGUCCGUGAAGCUGAAGGCUCAGGGCACCAAGGUCUUUGCUGUGGGGAUUAAGAACGCAGACCGUGCCGAGCUCAUGAGUGUGGCUUCCACGCCCUCGGAUGACUACUUCUUCUAUGUCAACGACUUCAAGAUCCUGAGCACCCUGCUGCCACUGGUGUCUCGGAGGGUGUGCGCCAGCACCGGAGGGGUCCUGCAGACAGGUUCGCAGGUGUAUAGCGGCCCAUCCAACCUGGUCUUCGUGGAACAGGCGGCGGAUGCACUGAGGAUCCGCUGGACAGCAGCGGGUGGCCCCGUCACAGGCUACAAAGUCCAGUAUGUGCCGCUCACAAGCUUGGGGCAGCAAGUGACAGCAGAGAUGAAAGAGGUCAGCCUGAGCCCUGGGGAGACGAGCACCGUGCUGCGCCAGCUGCGGGGAGGGACAGAUUACCUGGUCACCGUCAUCGCCCAGUACGCCAACAGCAUCGGCGAGUCGGUCUCUGGCACAGGACGCACCGAGGCCCUGUCCGGAGUGUUGAAUUUCCGAGUGGUGGAAGCGGGGCCGUCUUUCCUCAGGCUGGCCUGGGCAGCUGCCUUGGAGAGCCUGCAGGGCUACCGGAUCACCUACAUGGCUCAAGGUGAGGCUCAGGCAGAGGAGAUGAGCCUGGGGGCCAACUCUGUGUCCAUCAUGCUCAGCAACCUGCGCCCCAACACUGACUACGUGGUUACUCUUCAGCCUGUCUCCCAGCAGCAGACAGUAGCACCGACCCGGAUAACUGGCCGAACCCUGCGUUUGGAAAGGGUGCAGCAGCUGACAGUUGAGAACAUUUCCCAGCAGAGCAUGGUGGUGACCUGGCGGGGUGUGAGUGGAGCUACUGGAUACCGGGUCUCGUGGGGGCUCCCCUCAGGCCAGGACAUUCGGAAAUUUGAUGUGGAUGCCAGCAAGAAUUCCUACCUGCUGACUGGACUGCAGCCAGGCACAGAUUACCUGCUGACGGUCAUGCCACUCUACGGGCAAAUAGAGGGGCCCCCAGCCUCCAUUAGGAGAAGAACAGAAACGGGCAUAGUCCAGUCCCUGAGGACAGUCAUUCUGGGCCCAACAUCCAUCCAAGUGCUCUGGAACAUCAUCCGCGAUGCCCGGGGCUACCGGCUGGAGUGGAAAAGAGCAACAGGUGCUGAGCCCCCGCAGACCGUGACCCUGCCCACCAACAUCGACAGGUACCAGCUGACCGGCCUGCAGCCGGCCACGGAAUAUCGCAUCACCCUCUACACACUGUAUGAUGGGAGAGAGGUGGCCACGCCCGUAACCAUCUCCCAGACAGGUGUGGAGCCCCAAGUGGGCAGCAUUUCUGACCUGCGGGUCGUUGGUACUGUGGGGAAGAGGCUCCGGCUGGCCUGGGGGGGGGUCCCGGGUGCCACUGAGUACAAGAUCGUGCUGCGCAGCUCCCAGGAUGGCAGCGAGACGACCAGGCAGAUCCCAGGCACCCAGACCAUGCUGGAGCUUGACGACCUGAGCGAGGAGGUCACCUACAUCGUGCGCGUGUCAGCCCUGAUUGGCAGGCGUGAGGGCAGCGCCGUCCCCCUCAGCAUCCGCAUUGGUCCCCAGCCUGUGGGCAGCAUCACCAACCUGCGGGUGGCUGAGAUCAGACCCAACCAGCUGAGAGUCACAUGGAGUGGGCUUCCUGGGGCGACUAGCUACAAGCUGACAUGGCGGGCGAGUGAUGGCCAGGAGAUCUCCCGGGUCCUGCCAGCCGACAGGACCUCCUUCAGCAUCGAGGGGCUGCAGGCCGGGGCUGCCUAUGUCGUUGGGGUCUCGGCCCUGGUGGGCGACAGGGAAGGCAGCCCUGUCACCAUCCCGGUGAGAACAGCUCCUGAGCAGGUGGGGAUGGUCUCCAGCCUCAAGGUCCUCUCGUCCAGGAGCAACGUUGUCCGGGUCACCUGGGUUGGAGUGCCUGGGGCGACUGCCUACAGGGUGGUGUGGAGCCGGCGAGAUGGGGGCUCCGAAUCGAGCAAGCUGGUCUCUGGCGACACCAGCUCCUUUGACAUUCUCAACCUGGAGGGGGGGGUCAGCUACACCGUGAAGGUCACAGCACUGAUUGGCAACCGUGAGGGUGACCCUGUCUCCAUUGUCGUCACCACACCUGCAGAGGUGGCCCCAGUCCAGCCUGUGGGGAACCUGCAGGUGAUCGACUCCUCGGAGCAGCGCGUUCGCCUCACCUGGAGCCCCGCGCCUGGCAGCAGUGGGUACCGCCUGAGCUGGAGGCCAGUAGCCGGAGGGCCGGAGAGGAGCCAGCUGCUCCCCCCCAAUGUCCGCUCCUACGACAUCGAGGGCCUGGAGGCGGGAGUGCGCUACGAGAUCCGGAUCACCAGCCUGGUGGGCAGCCAGGAGAGCGAGCCUGUGGGCAUCGCUGUCAGCACUGCACCUCUGGGCCGAGUCACCAAUUUCCGGGUGACGGAGACCCAGGACGAUUCGGUGACCCUGGCCUGGACUCCGGCUCCUGGAGCCACCGGCUACCUCCUCACCUGGAAGCUGCCCCAAGAGGGAGGUGAGAUGCAGAGGAUGCUGCCAGGGUCAGCGACAUCCCAUCAGGUGUCGGGGCUGCGGCUGGGGCACAGAUACGUCUUCACCAUCCAGCCGCUGUUCGGGAGCACGAGGGGCAUGGAGUCGUCUGUCACUGACCGCACAGUUUGCAGAGAUGCUCGUGGUGACGUCAUUUUCCUGGUGCAUGGCACCCGGGACAGUGCCUACAGCGCUGAGGCCGUCCGCGCCCUGCUCACCAACACUGUUUCCGCGCUGGGCCGCCUGGGCCCUGACGCCACACAGAGCGGUCACAACUCCAGUGAAAGGCGGCCUCCCCCAGGCAGGCCAAGGGAUGUGGACAGAAUGGGGAGGGGGGGGGAAGGAGGUGGCCCUGUGCCCACCAUGCGCUACGAGGAGCCCAGCGGCAGUGCCCUGGGAGCUGCCCCCAGCUUUGCCAGGAUCUACAUGCUGAGCCCCAGUGCAGGGCGCCGGCCUGGUGUGCCAGGGGUGCUGGUGGUGCUGGCAGACAGCCCCUCCAGUGACGAUGCCAUUGGUCCAGCCAGGGAGGUCAAGGCAGCAGGGCUCCUGGUGCUGGCCGUGGGCAUGGACGGGGCGGAUCGCGAACAGCUGCGCCGCAUCGUCACCAGCGAAGACCCGCGCCAUGUUUUCUAUGCCAAGGACUCGAGUGCCGGCCUGUCGGAGCUGGAGGACGGGCUUGCUGGCGCCCUCUGCAGGGUGAUUGCCACGGACAGGGAGGAACCCUGCGCAGUGCAGUGUCCCAAGGGUGAGAAGGGGGAGCCUGGUCCGACUGGGCCGCAAGGACGUGCAGGACAGCCCGGGCCCCCUGGACAGCCGGGGCUCAAUGGGCUUCCGGGCCCCCCAGGGCCAGUGGGACCACGGGGUGCCCCAGGCGAGAUCAUCGAGCGGCCAGGCGCGAAGGGGGACAGGGGAUUUCCCGGAAUAGAUGGGACCUCAGGAAGUCCUGGUCGCCCUGGCAACCCUGGCUCCCCUGGCCAGCCAGGCAGCCAAGGCAUUCCCGGUCUCCGAGGAGUCCCGGGGGAGCAGGGCCCAGUGGGGCCUCCGGGGCUGCGGGGACAGAAAGGCGAGCCGGGAGAGCCGGGGGUGAUUGUGAAUGGAGGAGGGAGGCUGCCUGGCCGGAAAGGGGAGCCUGGCAGUCCGGGAAAUUCUGGGCCCCCUGGGAAUCCUGGGCCUAGAGGAGCAAUCGGGGAUCCAGGACCCCCUGGGCCUAUUGGACCUCCAGGACCAUCAGGACCUGCCGGAGAGUUUGUCAAGGGGGCGAAAGGCGAGCGAGGGGAGCGGGGCCUGCCAGGGCUGAUUGAUGGGGAACCUCUCAGAGGAGAGCCAGGUGCCCCGGGCUUGCCUGGCAACCCUGGUGAUCCGGGCCCCCGGGGACCUGCUGGGCCACCAGGACAGAAAGGAGACAAGGGCGAUGGGGAAGAAGGUUUUCCAGGGCCACCGGGUCGGCCAGGGGACCCAGGAGAUCGGGGCCCGAGAGGACCUGUAGGUGAACCAGGAAGCAAGGGUGACCGAGGACAGCCGGGAGAGCUGGGAGAAGCAGGGGAGAAGGGCGAUCGCGGACCCCCUGGGCCGGAAGGGCAGAAGGGGGAGCUGGGAGCCCCAGGCCGCCUGGGCCCAACAGGCAGAGAGGGAUUGCCAGGACCGGCCGGCCCACGAGGGGAGAAGGGGGAUCAAGGUGCUCCUGGGGAACCUGGAAAGUCGGCUUCCAGUGUCUCUGGAGUCAAAGGAGAGAAGGGUGACAGAGGCCCAGCAGGAGCAGAGGGGGCCCCCGGUCCCAGGGGAGAGGCGGGAAAUAAAGGAGACCGCGGUGCCCCUGGAUUGAGUGUCCCUGGCCCCCCCGGCCCCAAAGGAGAGCAGGGCGAGAGGGGGAUUGUUGGCCUCGCGGGCAAGAGUGGCCCCAAGGGUGACCCAGGGGAGCCUGGUGAGAAGGGGGAGCUGGGGAGACCCGGAGCUCCAGGGCAGAUGGGCCUGCGAGGGAAGGAGGGUGAACGUGGUGAGAAAGGGGACGAGGGAGCCCCGGGAGAGUCGGGGCAGCCUGGCAAACCUGGAGACAGGGGCCCCCGGGGCCUACCAGGAAACCGUGGCCUCCCCGGGGAGAAGGGUGACCAGGGAGACCCAGGCGAAGAUGGCAGAAAUGGCAGCCCUGGAGUGCCAGGGGCUAAGGGUGACCGUGGGGAACCGGGGCCGGCUGGACCCCCAGGACGAAUUGUUGAUUCGGGAGCUGGAGGAGGAAUAGGAGAGAAAGGCGAGAAGGGGGAUCCGGGGGAUCCCGGAGAGGACGGGAUGAAGGGCGCAAAGGGCGAGGCUGGGUUACCUGGAGAGAGGGGGAUCGAAGGCCCCAGAGGCCCCCCUGGAGCUCGGGGUGACCCUGGGGACCGAGGCCCAUCGGGAGAGAAGGGGGACCGAGGCCCUCCGGGGCUGGAUGGCCGGAACGGGUUGGACGGCAAACCUGGGCAAAUGGGCCCCACAGGGCAAAGAGGUGACCAAGGCAAGCAGGGUGACCCUGGACGAGAUGGACUGCCAGGCUUACGAGGGGAGCAAGGCCCCCCAGGAGCUGUCGGCCCCCCCGGACCACCAGGCUUGACUGGAAAACCUGGAGAUGAUGGCAAACCCGGCCCGAAUGGGAAGAAUGGAGAAGAUGGGAUCCCAGGAGAAGAUGGGAGGAAGGGGGACAAAGGAGAAGCUGGAGCCCCUGGCAGAGACGGUCAAGAGGGCCCCAAGGGCGAGCGAGGGGAUCGUGGUGCGCCAGGCCCCUUGGGACCUCCUGGUGUCCCUGGGCAGGUUGGAAUCCCAGGUCAGGGUGCUCCAGGCCUCACCGGGGCUGCUGGACAAAAGGGUGACCGAGGAGAGCCGGGAUCCAAAGGAGACCAGGUGAGUACCCAGCACGACUUGGGCAAACCAAGGAGACAAACAGAGAAAUACAGGGCUGCCGAAGGCCCCAGAGGCCCCCCUGGAGCUCGGGGUGACCCUGGGGACCGAGGCCCAUCGGGAGAGAAGGGGGACCGAGGCCCUCCGGGGCUGGAUGGCCGGAACGGGUUGGACGGCAAACCUGGGCAAAUGGGCCCCACAGGGCAAAGAGGUGACCAAGGCAAGCAGGGUGACCCUGGACGAGAUGGACUGCCAGGCUUACGAGGGGAGCAAGGCCCCCCAGGAGCUGUCGGCCCCCCCGGACCACCAGGCUUGACUGGAAAACCUGGAGAUGAUGGCAAACCCGGCCCGAAUGGGAAGAAUGGAGAAGAUGGGAUCCCAGGAGAAGAUGGGAGGAAGGGGGACAAAGGAGAAGCUGGAGCCCCUGGCAGAGACGGUCAAGAGGGCCCCAAGGGCGAGCGAGGGGAUCGUGGUGCGCCAGGCCCCUUGGGACCUCCUGGUGUCCCUGGGCAGGUUGGAAUCCCAGGUCAGGGUGCUCCAGGCCUCACCGGGGCUGCUGGACAAAAGGGUGACCGAGGAGAGCCGGGAUCCAAAGGAGACCAGGGCAGACCAGGGGAUCCUGGACUGCGUGGUGAGCCCGGGACAGUCUCGAAUGUUGAACGUGCCCUGGAAUCCUAUGGGAUCAAGAUUUCCUCUCUCAGGGAGAUCACUGGAGCCUUUGACGGGAGCACUGAUCCAUUCCUGCCCUACCCUGACCGCUGGAGAGGCCCCAAGGGCGAUAGCGGGGACCCAGGGGAGAGGGGAUCUCCAGGCAAAGAGGGUGCGAUGGGCUUUCCUGGAGAGAAAGGGCCCAAGGGCGACAAAGGAGACCAAGGCCCUGCGGGCCCCCAAGGCCCCACGGGACGAGCUAUUGGAGAGCGAGGUCCAGAGGGGCCGCCUGGCCAGGCAGGGGAACCUGGCAAGCCUGGAAUCCCUGGUGUGCCAGGCCGGGCAGGGGAGCUCGGAGAGGCUGGCCGACCUGGUGAGAAGGGUGAUCGGGGCGAGAAGGGCGAUCGGGGAGAGCCGGGCAGAGAUGGUGUGCAGGGUCCUCCAGGGCCCCCGGGGCCCAAGGCAGAUGUUGUGGAAGGAAGCCUCUCGGGUUUUCCGGGGGAGCGUGGACCCCCAGGAUCCAAGGGAGCCAAGGGAGAGUCAGGUGUGGAUGGCGAGAGAGGACCCAAAGGAGAUAAGGGUGAGGCUGGGCAGAAGGGGGAGAGAGGAGAAGCUGGUGAGAAAGGCAGAGAUGGCAGCCCGGGCCUCCCAGGUGAAAGAGGCCUUGCUGGGCCAGAAGGCAAACCGGGUAUGCCAGGCUUUCCCGGAGUUCUAGGCCGACCGGGCAACCAGGGAGAUCCAGGGCCCCCAGGCCCAGCUGGGCUUGCUGGACCACCAGGCGCUCAGGGCCCAUCGGGAAUAAAGGGAGACCCAGGUGAGCCUGGCUCCAGCAUUCGGGGCUUGCCCGGACCUCAGGGGAAUGUCGGCCUCCCUGGACCUUCAGGUCCUCCCGGCCUCGUGGGACCACAGGGCGCCCCGGGAUUGCCAGGACAAGUGGGCGAGACGGGGAAGCCUGGUGUGCCGGGGAGAGAUGGAGUGCCAGGGACGCAGGGAGAACCUGGGCUGCCUGGAAAAAUUGGUGUGCCAGGACCUGUGGGCCCUGCUGGAUCCAAAGGAGAGCCAGGGGACGCUGGGCUCCGAGGACAGGCGAUUGUUGGUCCUCCUGGAAUGAAAGGCGAGAAGGGUGCCCCUGGCGAUAUUGAUGGGAACCUGCUGGGUGAGCCGGGUGCCAAGGGCGAGCGAGGCUUACCGGGCCCCAGGGGAGAGAAGGGGGAGUCUGGAAGACAGGGGGAGCCUGGAGACCCUGGGGAAGAUGGAGCCAAAGGAGCCCCUGGAGUCAAAGGGGAAAAGGGUUCGGUUGGGAUUGGCCUGCAGGGACCCCCUGGACAAGAUGGGCCUCAAGGUUUGAAGGGCGACACUGGCUUACCUGGCCCACCAGGAUCCCCUGGCUUGCCAGGCACCGCAGGGACCCCUGGCCAGCCAGGUCUGAGGGCAGAAAACGGACAGCCAGGCCCACCAGGACCUCCAGGAGAGCGGGGUUUGAUUGGCUUCCCUGGAAGAGAUGGCACCUCCGGAUCACCAGGACCACUGGGCCCCCCAGGGCCAGCUGGGGCACCAGGCACUCCAGGACUGAAGGGUGACAAGGGAGAUGUGGGGGUUGGACAGCCGGGCCCCAGAGGCGAGCGAGGGGAUCCAGGGCAACGGGGUGAAGACGGGCGCCCAGGGCUGGAGGGAGAUCGUGGGCCUGCGGGGCCUCCCGGGAACCGUGGGGAGCGAGGUGACAAAGGAGAUGUUGGAGCUCUGGGGCUCAAAGGAGACAAGGGUGAUACCGUCAUUGUGGAGGGACCAGCUGGAGUCCGGGGGAGCAAGGGGGAGCCGGGAGACCGUGGCCUGAAGGGAACGGAAGGGGAGAAAGGCGACAAGGGGGACCCAGGCUUUCCAGGAGAGAAGGGAGGGAAGGGCGAGCAAGGAGAGAAGGGCUCCGCAGGCUUCCCCGGAGCACGCGGUCCAGGGGGGCAGAAGGGUGAGGUUGGCGAAUCAGGAGACUCUGGAGCGCCGGGCCUGCCAGGGAAGGAUGGAAUCCCAGGACUGAGAGGGGAGAAAGGGGACAUGGGGCCACUGGGAGUCCGAGGGCCUAAGGGGGAGCGGGGAACGAAAGGCGCCUGUGGCCAGGACGGAGACAAGGGGGAGAAGGGGGAGCCGGGGAUUCCAGGCCGAAUGGGACUUCCAGGAAGGAAGGGUGAGCUGGGAGAGCUGGGCAUGCCGGGAACCCCAGGAAUCCCUGGGAAAGAAGGUCUCAUGGGACCCAAGGGUGACAGGGGAUUUAAUGGCCAACAGGGAGCCAAAGGAGACCAGGGAGAGAAAGGAGACCGGGGUGCUCCAGGCGUUAUUGGCUCCCCAGGUGCUCGGGGCAAUGAUGGAGCACCUGGCCCACCCGGCCCACCAGGUAGUGUUGGCCCUAAGGGCCCUGAGGGGAUUCAAGGGCAGAAGGGUGAAAGAGGUCCCUCAGGGGAGUCAACUGUAGGGGCCCGAGGUGUCCCUGGGAUGCCAGGAGAGAGAGGAGAUCAGGGGAGUCCGGGACUCGAAGGCCCGAGAGGAGAGAAGGGGGAGCCUAGCCUGACGGAACAAGAGAUACGCUCGUUUGUCAGGCAGGAAAUGAGUCAGCACUGCGCUUGCGGAGGGCAGUUCUCUUCCGAACCACGUCUUCUCCCCAACUAUCCAUCCACCCAACCAUUGCCGUCUGCUAAUGCUCAACUAGUCCCUGUGCUAAAGUUGUCACAUGCUGAAGAAGAGGAUGGCCGUGAGGUGCAUGUUGUGCACACAAAUGACCCUGAGUAUGAGCACGUCUACGCCAUGGAGGACUACGAAGAGAGCCUGGAAGCUGAUGGGACAGAGAGCACUAUGCUGAGAGAUGCUGACCCUUGCAGUUCGCCCCUGGAUGAGGGAGACUGCAACAGAUUCACACUCAGGUGGUAUUAUAACCAAAAAGUGGCAGAGUGCCGGCCUUUCAUCUACAGCGGCUGCAGGGGGAACCUCAAUCGUUUCUACACCAAGGAGGACUGUGAUCUUCAAUGCAGGCACCAGGCAGAUGCAGAUGCCCAAAUUGCUGCUGACAACACAUCAGCUGAAAAGAGAUUGAAUGCGUAACCUGCCCUGUUUUAGUGGAUUUUCCCUGUCCAAGGGGGAACUGACCAAAGGGAGAGAAGACCCCACAGUCCUUUGAGUGAAAGACUCCGACAGGCUCCUACAAGGGAACCUGCCCUGGCCUGCCCCACGUCCUGGCCUCGCAUGGCGUGUUUGGUCUGAGACUCUCGUUGCCGUCUCUGCUCCCUGCAGCGCUGCUCCCCGUGCCGGCUUGCCCAGAGCAGAGCCGUGGUGCUAUUUCGUAAGGAGUCGUUCUGUUUCUCUUGGGUUUACUUUUUAUUGUUAUUUUUAAAUUAAGGUGAAAUUUUUAUCAAAUGGAGAAAAAUCUGUAACCUUUCUAAAAAGCCAACAGUUUUGAAUUAGAGCUUUUUAACUUAUUUGAUGCUGACUAGUAACAUACAGCAUACGUUUGCUGGAUCGAACCAAUUCUGAGUGCCACUUGCUUUAUUUCUGGAUCAUAGGCCUGGGGGGCGCUGCUUGUGAAAUGGACUAGCCAGCCUGAGUGUCUCCUAACCAAACGGCGCCUGUGGAAUUGGCAGUGAGCCGCGCUGUGACUGGCACUAUAAAAGUACAAAGCCCCUGGGUUCAGUGCCAAAGUUUGUAUGAUGUUAAUUCUCCAGAAGGGAAUGGAAGCUGCGCCCUCCCAUCCCCCAGCAUUGGAAAUGGUCCCUUAGCGCUGUGCUUUCUUUUCUCUUGCUGAUUGUCCUUUGGGGAGACUCGUUGGGCUGUUGGCAAUUCUGCCCUUGGGGCUGUCAGAGUGAUAGAACAGCUAUAUCCGAGGGGGACACACAACUCAUUUGGACAGCCCUUGAAUCUUAGAUGCCAGCUCUUCUCAUGGUUUGGCAGAGACUGGCCCAGGUGUCUGUUCUUCUCAAGCCCCAGCCAUAUGCAGAGCUAGAAGAGACGCCACCAAGCAAUUCCGCCAUUCUCAGCCAAACUCUUCUUUCAGCUUCAUGCUCAGAAGCCCUUACAGAAAAACAUGUGGCAAAUAGCAAAAUACGGUUUUACUGCAUGGCAGUGGAAACCAUCCUCUCUCUCAUGGCCCAUGCAUUCCCCUCUAGAGCCCCAAGAAAUCUGUUCUACUCCAAAACCACAUCUGCCAAAGGAAAGGACCUACUUGGAAUCUUGAACCUCCAUAAUCCAGUAGGACCAGACAUGCUCCAUUUUCCCAUCACCUGCCUUUUUCCAAACAUGCCAGUUUAUAGUAACUACGGGUGCUGGGAGGGGCUUGUUAAAGGCACUUUCCAUUGGCCUCCACCAGCAUUCCCUGUAAGCUACGUGUUUGGGAAGCCUCCCGGGAAGAUUCAAAUGUCAUGCAGCUGAUUAGAGAGUGCCCAGCCAGCAGCAUGUGUUUCUACUGGUGAUGCACAUCUGCACACGCUUUGGUGCACAUAACAAAAUGUAUUCUGCGCAUGGAUGGAAAACAUUAGAGGGAACAUUGUACUCCUUCAAAUCUUGGUGUUAGGAGCAUCUUCCACAUGCUGCUUCUCUGCACUGUGUGCUGCUUGAUAUCUGCAAACACUCACUAGGUAAAAACAGCUGGGAAAUACAAUUCAGACCUGGCCACUGGGGCAAUUUUGUGUCCAGGCAAAAGUGAUUUUACAGAGAUUGCUGAGGAUAUCUGGGACCUCUGAUUUAAAAAAAAGAAACUGGAAUGAUGUAAAAAUUAAUUUUGGAUUCCAGACAAACUCUAGUCAAGGACCAUUUGAAAAUUUUAUGUCAUGUGUAGACUUGGGGUUUGGAAAAUCACACCGUUUAGUUAUUAAUUGAAUUAACCUCUCAAUUUCCAAGUGGGGGCCACAUAGGGGUUACAGGUGUAACGCCUGUGCUUGUUACUGCACUAAGCGAAGUAGAAGCAGCUGUGAAAGAGCAACCAAUCUGUUAAGGGAAACAUUCUCCACCUCCCUGCAAAAUAAAUUUCAUUUGAAAAAGUUUCACCUUAAUCCUGAACAAUAACCAAUAUUCUCAAGCAAGGGUGACAGCAUUGGAAGAAACCCAACAAAAGCCAGGGCACGUUUCAGUGUGUGUGUGUGUGUGCGCGCGCGUGGAUUUGGCUGUAUAAUGCACAUUGAUCCACACCCCUUUUAACAGUGCUUUUCUUUAACCUAGUGGUGCUGAACCAUAUUAUGAGAAAAAUCAGGGAAACCUUGAGAAUGGUGCUAUGCUAUUGUAAGUUCCUGCCAUCAUAUGGCCUUUAAAAAGCUUUGUAAAGACUCUGCAUUCCUGAUUUUAUACCAUCACCCUUUUCCCCACCCAAAACACUGGUGCCCACUGUUGGACAUGCUUGGACUCUCUUUCAGUUAUAUAAAGUGACAAUACAAAUCUCCCAUCUUCUUUACACAGCUGUUCUGAACAGGGAAACAAGGGCAACCGUCACAUCUGAAACCAUGCCAAUGGGAGGAGGGUUUAUAUAUGAUAUCUAUAUAUUGCUGCACUGUGUGUAUAUAUAUGUAUACAACAUGUGUCUGUGUGUUUGAAUGCAUGGGAGGUAUCAUUUAGCACACCAGUAAUUGGAAUUUGGUACAAUUACCGUAACAAUUGCUAACAAGGGCACAUCUUCUGCCAAAAUAUAGGUUACAGACAGAUUUAAUUGACUGGACAGAAAUUAGGGAGCCACCUUGUGACUCUAAGAUUGUUUCUAUUGUCAUCUGGUUGUGAUCCUGCAGAGUGACUUGGAACAACAUGACUGGUAUUAGCUCUCUAUGUACACAGUGCCUGGCUUUGUGUGGCGGGGACAACUUGCUAUUGAAAGACUGCCUGGCUGAAUAGCACGGAGUCAGCACUCAACCUAGGAAGUGACAUGCAUACGCAGCACUGUUGUGAUCUCAGUGCGUUUACUGUGCGUUUACUGUGGAUCUCCAUUUUUAUUACAGUUCAUAUUCUUUCUAAAGACUGUUUAUACUACUGUGUUUGUUGGUAAUGGCCCAUAUACCUAGUAAUGUUAAUGCCAGUUGGAUUGGUGGGGACAUUACUUGUGAUAUUCUUUUAAUAAAAGAGCACAGUUCUUCGCUCCUGACCCAUAUCUCAGAGGUGCAGAUGUGUCGUGUUCCCUGUCCAGCUGACCGGAAUUGUGCUGUCAUGCCUUCAGCAGCUUCCUCUGAAUUGGUCAGGGUUAGAUCUUCAAAGAGUGGGUGUGAGUGAGAAGCUCCAUUUCAGUGAUGGGCAAUAAUACAAAAACCUUGUUCAUCAGAUCUUUCUCCUACCCAUCUAAUGCAGUUGAGGACCUUCUCCCAGCCUGCAUGAAUUGCUCACCCUGCUGAGAUGCCUGGGUUAAUGCCCAGUGCUUUCACAAGCAUCCAGCACUCUGUGAUGUUCCCAUUGUCAUUCUUGCACAAUCUUUCAGCUUUUCCAUAAAGGUCCUUUAGAAAUGGCGAACCACUCUCCGCCUUACCUCUGGGCCCACGUGACUUGCUGUAGAUUAUCACUAAAGAUAAAAUUGAUUUACCAGCAUGUUCCCUGCAUCUUUUCUGGGGAAGUGUUUGUCAGCAUCCAGUAGUGAGUUUCACUUCAGUGUCAACUGGCCACAGCUGUGAAAGAAGCAAAACCACCAGUCUGCCUGGCAGUGACUAUAGGAAGGCUUGGCGUGGGGGUCUGCCUAGAUUCAGAGAAGGGUCAUUAUAAUCCCAGCCUCCUGCCCUCUGUUGUUUGUGUAGCUGCUCAGUCUGCUUGUAGGCAGUUCAGCAGCACCCUCCAGAGUGUGUUACUUUGUGUCACUCCAGUUGCUCUAGUACACACUAUACAAGGUUUGUUGCUGCUCCGGAUGUUGAACUCUUCCUGCAGAAUCUAGAUGCAAGACAUGUUCUAUGUGUGUGUUUUGUUGUUUUUUCUGGUCAAGUGACUAUCAUGACAUAGGGUGCAAAAUCUCAAUCUGGCAAUAAAAGUUUGUGAUACCUCA